AAAGAAAUUACAAGUUCGCCUCGGCCUCGUUUCGUGGUGACCGUCAACCUGUGUUAUUGGUCUGCCGUACGUCCGUGUGAGGUGAGGCCGAGGGUGUGGGUUCGUUCCAUGUCGCAGCGCAGAAACACUGAGGCGGUCGUCUGAGGAAGUCCCCACCAAUCCAUGGUCAUCGCAUCAGACAUGGACUAACUUGUCCUGAUUUCCCUGUCGUUUCCAUUGAUGUAUACACAGAGCGUGAGAGAGAGAGAGAGAGAACAAUUUGGUAGUUGCAGGCCAAAAUGGGAGCUGAGGAGGAACUGAAAAUGCAGUCGGACGAAGCCGUAGAAGGCCCUCCAUCUCCACCAAAUCCAAACCCUAACCCUAGCAGCCCCACCAGACCAGUCGGAGGAGGAGGAUACAAGGGCAAGUCUUGCAAGGGCUGCCUCUACUACUCCUCCGUCCAGAAGUCUAAAUCUAAGCGGCCCACUUGCGUUGGCAUCUCCCGAUCCCUCCAGCAAGUUCCCAGGUACAUAGUUGGAGAGACUGAAUUACAAGCUUCUAAAGAAGGCCGCGGUCUUUCGGACUUUAGGUAUGCUUGUGUUGGUUAUUCAAUCUUCCUGGAGAAGAAUGCGCAAUCUUCGGAUCAACAGACUAAGCAAGCUGAGCUUCCCUUCUGUGUUGGCCUUGAGGUACUGCUGGAUAAAAGAACUACACCUGCUCCACAGGUUCAAGAACAUGCUCAUAAACGUGACGAUGGACAUGCCAUUCCUCAAAGACAAACCUAUAAACCAAGUAGUUCUACUGGAGAUGACUAUGCGAGCAGGUUCAUGAGAAAUGCAAGCCUUGUUGCUUCUGGUGUCGCGAGAAAUGUGAACAAAGUCCAGAACUACAUAAAGGAGACCGUGGAUGACAUUCUCUCUCCUUACCGAAGGCCGCCCAAGUAAAAGAAAAGGCUUCAUGCAUGAGAAAUUGGAAUCGGCCUUCGGCGCUUCCCCAAUCUUGCCUGCAUUCCUAAUGUUCCGAUGGUGUUUAGUCAUAAACGGGAUGUGCAGCCUCCUUUCUUCCAAUGUCCCCGUGAUGUUAAUAAACAAAUUUUGAUGUUCUUUUUUUAUAAGUGCAAUUUAGUCUCAAAUACUUCCAUCGAAGUUACGAAUGACAAAACCAGUUGAGAUUACAUUACUUCAACUAGAAAUUAGUGGGAAUCGUUUCUCACUACUCUCCUAGGCUUGACCUGGUCGAGUCGAUUCAACCACCAUUUGAUCUAUGGACCCCUUUGGACACUAUUAUUUUACA